UCAAACGCGAUUUUUGUAUGGUCCAUCUACUCCACCUUCUUUACCCCCUUCGAGUUCGGCUUCUUCCGGGGCCUCCCGGAGCACCUGCUGGACCUCGAGUGCGUGCAGCUCGUCUUCCUCGCCGACGUCGCCGUCCACUUCUUCCUCGCCUACAGGGACGCCCACACCUACCGGAUGGUCUACGACAAGCGGAAGAUCGCGCUGCGCUACAUCAAAGGAAGCUUCGCUCUUGACAUCCUAGGUUGCUUCCCAUGGGAUUUCAUAUACAAGGCCACGGGAAGGACGGAGAUGGUGAGGUGCCUGGUGUGGCUGCGGCUGUACAGGGCCCGCAAGAUCAUGGCCUUCUUCAAGAAGAUGGAGAAGGACAUCCGCAUCAGCUACCUCUUCACGCGGAUCGUGAAGCUCAUCACCGUCGAGCUCUACUUCACGCACACCGCCGCCUGCGUCUUUUACUACCUCGCCACCACGCUGCCGCCGGCGCGCGAGGGCGGCACCUGGAUCGGGGGCCUGAUACUGGGGGACACCAGGUACAUCAGCUUCAGGGAGAUCGACCUGCUCACCCGCUACGUCACCUCGCUGUACGUCGCCAUCGUCACCAUGGCGACAGUCGGUUACGGCGACAUCCAUGCGGUGAACCCGAGGGAGAUGACCUUCACCGUGGCGUACAUCUCGUUCAGCAUCCUUCUCAGCGCCUAUCUGAUCGGCAACAUGACAGCGCUUAUCGUCAAGGGCUCCAAGACGGAGAGGUUCCGGGACAAGAUGACAGACCUCAUCAGGUACAUGAACAGGAACAAGCUGGGCGCCGACAUCAGGUCCCAGGUGAAGGAUCACUUGCUGCUGCAGUAUGAGAGCAGCUACACCAAGGACAGAGUCGUCGACGAUAUCCCGGUUGCUGUUCGAUCAAAGUUGUCCCAGACACUGUACCUCGACAUGGUUUCGAAAGUGCGCCUGUUCAAAGGAUGUUCAGAGGACUUCCUGAGCCAGAUUGUGGUAAAAUUGCAUGAAGAAUUCUUCCUCCCUGGUGAGGUUAUCUUAGAGCAAGGCACUGUGGUGGACCAAAUUUAUAUUGUCGUACACGGAUGCCUGGAAGAGGUGGCCGCUGGAGAAGGUGGAUCAGAGGAGAUCAUCUCAGAGCUGCUGCCUUACGACAUCGUCGGCGAUGUUGCUGUAGUUUGCAAUGUUCCACAGCCACACACAGUUAGGGUCUGUGAGCUUUGCAGCGUCCUGAGAAUCGACAAGCAGUCCCUGACCAGCAUUCUGCAAAUUUACUUCAAGGAUAGCCGUCAGAUCUUGAGCAACCUGCUGAAGUGGAGAAAAACCAAAUCCAGAGGGAAGCAGCUCGAAUCAGACAUCACAUACCUGAUAUCAAGGCAAGAAGCAGAACUAGUUCUCGGAGUGAACAAUGCUGCUUACCAUGGAGACUUGUUCCGUUUGAAGGGUUUGAUCAGUGCAGGAGCUGAUCCUAGUAAACCCGAUUACGAUGGAAGGACCGCACUGCAUGUGGCCGCGUUAAGAGGAUAUGAAGAUAUCGUCAGGUUCCUGAUUCAGAGAGGAGCAAACGUCAACAGCAUAGAUAAGUUUGGGAACUCAACGUUGCUGCUAGCCCUGAGAUCCGGGCACGACAGGAUCACCUCCCUCCUGGUGAAGCACGGCGCAGCCCUGAACCUGGAGGAUGCCGGAGGGUACCUGUGCAGGGUCGUGACCGACGGCAGGAUCGACCUGCUGAAUCGCCUGCUCAGGUUCGGCGUCGACCCUAACUGCAAGAACUACGACCAGAAGACGCCGCUCCACGUCGCCGCCGCGGAGGGCCUGCACCUCGUCGCCGGCAUGCUCAUAGGCUUCGGCGCGGAUGUUCAGGCCAAAGACAGGUGGGGAAACACGCCGUUGGACGAAGGGCGGAGGUGCAGCUGCAAGCCACUGGUCAGGAUCCUGGAGCAGGCUACAACAGCUGCAGUCGCUCAGUGAUCUGGAAAUCUGCAUCCUGUGUUAUUGUAGGAAUUGCAGGCAAUGAAAUAUUCUUUCUGAAA